CACACCACGACGACAAGACACCAUGGCCGCAGUAUCGCAGAACAGCCCCUUCAUAAGGCAGCUCGCCGCCAACGACAAGCGCAUCCGCGACAAGGCACUCGAUAGCUUGAAGACGUACCUGGGCGGACGGACGGGGCUCGAUGAGCUCGAGCUACUCAAGCUAUGGAAGGGCCUCUUCUUCUGCAUGUGGCAUAGCGACAAGCCGCGCACGCAGCAGCAACUCGCGCUGGAGCUGGCGGGCCUGGUCGACAUCCUCCCUUCCGAGACGACCAUCCCCUUCCUCGACGCCUUCUGGAAGACGAUGGCGCGCGAAUGGGCCGGCAUUGACGCGCUGAGGAUGGACAAGUUCCUUUUCCUCGUGCGUUGCUACCUCAACGCCGGAUUCCGGCAGUGCGCGGGCCAGCGCUGGCGCAACGCCCCCCUUCUGACGCAAUACCUGGACAUCCUGCGCGCGACGCCGCUGAACCCAACCGACAUGAAGAUUCCCAACGGCAUGCGCUUCCACGUGCUCGAUAUUUACGUCGACGAGCUGGACAAGGUGGAUGCGGCGCGCGAGGGUGAUUUGCCGUUGGACACAGUGUUGGCGCCGCUGCGGGAGCUGGGUGAGAAGUGCGUUGUCAAGGCAGUGAGGACGAGGGUCAAGGAAGAGUUGGCCGAAGAUGAGAGGCUGAAGGACUGGAGUAACCCCAAUGCUGGGAAGGAGGCGGAGCAGGAGAGUGAGGAGAGUGAAGGCGAGGGCGAGGAGUGGGGCGGCAUUGAUGAGUGAUAUCCUGGGAAGGGUUUCUACUGCUGUGAUUAUAGCAAGGCGUUGGCGGAUUGCAUAUCAAGAACAUUGUCUGCUUCUUGGCAGUUUUCAUAUCUUCAAAUAACCUCUUGGAAU